CGAUCAGGCCGGAGAAGACGGCGGGCCCCACACCGUACCCCGCCACCGGACGCGGCGCAGCAGAUUUCCCGCGGUUUUUGAGUACCUACCCCACUGCUAUAAAACCAAAUCCUCUUCGUUCCCGAGCACUCCGUGUGGGGAGACACAAGAAGGUUGAAGGAAAAGCUCUUUUCGUUCCUAAUUUUCCCCCAAAUCUCUCCUCCUCCUCGCGGCGUGAGGGCUUCCCUUUUCGUCGAGCGGGGGAGAGAGAGAUCAAGGGUCAAUUAAUUGGUUUUCCUUCCUUUGCUAUCUAAAUCGAGAUGGCACCGAUUUCUAGGGUUUCCUUCGCCGUCGCCGUCGUGGCUCUCGUCUUCGCCGUCGUCUUCCCGGCCGCCCAGGCCCAGGCCCAGGCCCCGGCCCCGGCGCCGACCAGCGAUGCUAUCGACCAAGGGAUUGCCUAUGUGCUGAUGUUUCUGGCUCUGGUCCUCACCUACCUCAUCCACCCCUUGGAUGCCUCCUCUCCCUACAAACUCUUCUGAGCCUGCCGCAGGACUGGAUUCAUAGUGAGUGAGGGGAGAUGGUGGAGGGAAUUUGGUUGUUGAAAUGCUUGAUGGGUGUAUGAGAAUGUAUCGUGUUGUGUUAUUUGGAUUUGUGGUUGGAUAAUUUUUAGUGGUAUCAUCUAGUUUUCACCUUCUCCUCUUUUCGCCUCACUUCUUUGUUAUCCGUUACUCUGUUUGUGCUUAUAUAUAUAUACAUGUAUGUGUCACUUUUUGGCUAGCUGCUUGAACUCCUGGGAGCAGGCAAAGUGAACUUGAAGUGACAAUUAAAUUUUUAAAACAUGCUUACUGAUGGACUAACUUCAUACCUAAUUGCUAUCAGGUAUGAAGGUCCACGGUUAAAGUUGCUUGAGGCUAAAAA